CUGCGCAGGCGCGGUCGGGCUCGUUCCGCUCGAGGCCCCUCCAUCCUGUGACCCUGCGACCCUGCGACUCCGCUGUCCCCUAAUGCCAUGGCAGCUGUCAGGGCCCUGAUGGCUCCCCGGCUAGCGGCGGCCUCUGCAUUCACGCCGCUCCCCGGCUUCCGGCCGCUGCUGUCCAGCGGACCAGCACCCUCCCCGCGCGCGGCCUUCCACGGCUCCGCGCCGCGGCCCGGGGCCAGGGUCGCCCUGGUGCUGUCCGGGUGCGGAGUGUACGAUGGGACGGAGCUCCACGAGGCCUCAGCGGUGCUGGUGCACCUGAGCCGUGGCGGGGCCGAGGUCCAGAUCUUUGCUCCUGACGUCCCUCAGAUGCACGUGAUUGACCACACCAAGGGACAGCCUUCUGAGAACGAGACCAGGAAUGUUCUGACUGAGUCAGCAAGGAUUGCCCGUGGCAAGAUCACCAGCCUGGCCCAGCUAAAUGCCGCCAGUCAUGAUGCGGCCAUCUUCCCCGGGGGCUUUGGAGCCGCCAAAAACCUGAGCACCUUCGCCGUGGACGGGAAGGACUGCAAAGUCAACAAAGACGUAGAGCGCGUCCUGAAGGACUUCCACAGGGCCGGGAAACCCAUCGGCUUGUGCUGCAUUGCUCCUGUCCUCGCAGCCAAAGUGCUCCACGGUGUCGAGGUCACCGUGGGCCACGAGCAGGAAGAAGGUGGCAAGUGGCCGUACGCUGGGACUGCAGAAGCCAUCAAAGCUCUGGGGGCCAAGCACUGUGUAAAGGGAGUGACCGAAGCUCAUGUGGACCAGAAAAACAAGGUGGUCACAACCCCGGCUUUCAUGUGCGAGACGGCACUCCACCACAUUUAUGACGGGAUCGGGGCCAUGGUGACGAAGGUGCUGGAGCUCGCCAAGAAGUGAAGCCGCCAGGGCUCCGGGCUCCGCCUCAUCCACCAGGU